CUUCCUCUCAGUGCACUAAGCUGUGCUCACUUCCUCCUUCAGUCCCCUGUGUCACUGUAUUUAGGGACAGUUUUAUUCAUACCACUAUUGACAAUUUCCUGAACGCUCUUUUGUAUCAUGCACGUUAUUGGAAGUUGAAGGGAGAACAACAAUGCAGAACAUCAAAUGUGUCGUGGUUGGAGACGGUGCCGUUGGGAAGACCUGCCUCCUCAUUUCCUUCACCACCAAUGCUUUUCCCAAAGAAUACAUUCCCACUGUAUUUGACAACUACAGCGCACAGCUAUCUGUAGAAUCUAAAGUCGUCAGUCUAAACCUGUGGGACACUGCGGGACAGGAGGAGUACGACCGUCUACGGACCCUCUCCUACCCGCAGACCAACGUCUUCAUCAUAUGCUUCUGCGUCGCCAGUCCCUCAUCCUACGAGAACGUCAAGCUAAAGUGGUACCCCGAGGUGUCAGAACACUGUCCUAAUGUGCCCAUCCUGCUGGUGGGGACUAAAAAGGAUCUGAGAGAUGAUCCAGAGGUGCUGAAGAAGCUCAAGGAGAAGAGCCUGUCCGUGGUCUCCCAGCAGCAAGGGGUGGCGCUGGCCCGACAGAUCCAGGCCUACAAGUACAUGGAGUGUUCAGCGUUAAACCAAGAGGGGGUAAAGGAAGUGUUUUCAGAAGCUGUUUGCGCUUUCCUCAAGCCUAAAUCACGAGAGCGCAAGAAAUCAUCAUGUGUGCUACUAUAAAUGGGACGGGACCUGAAUAGAUGUAUUUUUAUAUGGGGUAUUUGUAUCACGUGUACAUACAAAUGAAAAUCACACCUACAAAAGUAUGUUUUUCAUUAUAUAACAAAAUACUGUACCAAGUGUUAUUUAUUUCUAAGAGAAAUAAAACAUUUUUGAAGAAUAUUAAUAUUCUAGAAUAUAAUAUAAAUAAUCUAAUAACAUAGAAAUACUCUCAAAAUAAUUAAUUGAUUUAAACAGAAAAAUAAAUUAGUUCAAACUAAUGAACUUUACUGUUUAGAACUUUCUUUUUUGAGCUGACUAAAAAACAGACAUAUUUUAAGUUUCUUUUAAUUUAGAGGAACUUUAAUUUUAACUGAAACUGGGCUGGGGAUUUCUAUUUUCCAGCAUGCUUUGCAACAGCAUUCAAAGGGGAGAGUAAAUGCUAAAAUUAAGUGUUUACACACACACUUUUUUGGUACAAGAUUAAUGUUAAAUGUUAGUAGUGUUUAAUUUUUUGUUAUUCUAAUUUAGAAGAGUUUGUGUUAUGUUUGUGAAAAGUGGAGCAUAAGAACAGAUGUAUGUUAAAUGUUUGUAUUGCCUUUACUCAUUCAGCUAUUGCUAUGCUAAUCAAAGCACUGUUUUACUUUAGCAUCUACUGAAUUAGGUAUAGUUUAAAUUCCCACUACUAAAAUAUUUAAACUGAGAUUACAUGAUAAUUAUUAGUUGAAGUGUAAAAAAAAUAUUUUUAGUAAAACAGAGUACUAUUUUAUACUGUACAGAGUUACUACAUACUGUAGAGUUACAGUAUUUUACUAAAACAUUUCAAGUUAAGAGCAAUGUAUGAGCACAAAAUAAUCUGACAGCUCUUCUUACUUAAACGUUACAUUUCGUAACAAAAAUUUUGAUGAAACUGAUUAUGUUUACUUUCUUGAGUUGUGGUAACUUAUUUGGGUUUACAGUGUAUGCAAAAUAAUGACAAAAAGUACAUUAUUUGGACACUUUUUGGGUGUCAAACCUUUUGGAACAUGUUUAAAAUUCAUGUGAUGAAACACUGUAAAAAUUAUUUUCAAAGUAGUAACUAAAAUAAAGACUACAUUUUAUGAGAA